AUGGCAGUCGACGCAAUGGAUCUCGACUCAAACCCACCCACCACAAUUGAUCUCCCCGAGCGCAAGCGCAAGCACAAGUCGCAAGACUCGACCUCCUCCACAAAGAAGCGCAAGUCCGAUGAGAAGAAGAGCAAGAGCAAGCCCAGCUCCAGCACCAAGAGCAAGAAUGCCGGGACAAAGAAAACGCAGACAGUACCGGACUCGCCAUACACACUAACAACUGCGACGCUUUAUCUCCCCCUGUCGCCUAUCUCUAUCUCUCCGACCCAUGCGCUUGCAUCGCUGCUGGCCGAGCACCUUUCUCCUCUCCUCUUAACCUACUACCCGCCAUUGAAGGGUAUAGUCCUUGCGUACUCUAACGCCUCGAUAUCGUCCACGCCACCAAGCGCCUCCUCCGCAGCGCAGUCGCAAGACCCCAGCCCACAGCCAUUGACUCUCGCAACAUCCGCCAACGAAUACGGUGUUCUCUACGUCUACCUGACAGCCACAUUUCUCGUCUUCAGACCGCAGCGCGGUCAGAUCCUCGAGGGUUGGGUAAACGUGCAAUCUGAAGGCUUCCUAGGCGCGGUAGUCCUAAACCUGUUCUCCGUGGGCAUCGAGCGGAAGCGCCUCCCAACGAAUUGGAAAUGGAUCCCCCCAGGCGAGGAAGCCCCCGCAGCCAACAAAACGGACGACGAAAGCGAAUCCGACGCCCCAACUAAGAACUUCGACCCUGAAAAGGAGCUUUUCACCCCCGUCUCCCUAGCCUCGGACGCAAACCCUCUCUCGGAAACAACGUCUAAACCUGCCCGUGAAGGUCAAGAAGCAGGAGAAGAUGAGUCCGCGGAAGGAUACUUCCAGUCCGUCUCUGGCCACCGCGUUUGCGGAACCGUUCGUUUCCGUGUCCUUGAUAUCGAUGUUAUCCCCGGCACAGACCGCGAGCGCGGGUUUAUGAGUAUUGAGGGGAGCAUGCUUUCGCCCGAGGAGGAGAAGAGAGUUGUUGAGGAUGAGAAGAAUGGGGUUUUGAGCACGGCGACGCCGAGAAGGCCGGCGGCCAGUGCGAUUACUAUGUCUGGGGCGUUGGCGAUUGCGCCUGCCACUGCGACUGUGACGGUUAGUGAGCCUGAGAAGAUUGAAGAAGAUCAGGAGCAGGAGCAGGAGCAGGAGCAAGAACCUGCCGUGGAAACGCCUAGUAAACCGAAGGCGAAGAAGAGCAAGUCUGAUGAUAAGGAUAAGUCCGAGAAGAAGGAGAAGAAGUCCAAGUCCAAGUCGGAUGACAAGGAGAAGAAAGAGAAAAAAUCGAAGUCGAAGAAGGUGAAGGAAGAGAAAUGA